GGGGGUGGGGAGGCCGUGAGGAGGCUGGCAGGACCGAGCGGCGCGCCGGCAGCAGGCGCAGCGCUCGGAGGCCGCGGACACCCGCGCGGAGCAAAGUUUGCGCUCAGCCCCUCGGGGCCCCGGGACGCCCCGCGCGCUUCGCCCGCCUGAGCCGGGACGAGGGUCGCCGGUAGCCACGCGGAGACAGCCGGGAGCGGAGCCGCGCAGGUGCGGCCGUGCCGUCGUAGGUGUAAGCGAAGAAAGCAAGGAGGAGCCCAUGGCUUUAGCCGGCCGCCCAGGCCCCCGUCCGCACCAUCCCUACUCUCAGGACUCGGCGGAGCCGCCCGCCCCUCGCGGCCCGGGAGAGCCAGCGGCACCCAGCUCCGCAGCCCGGUCUCGCCAAUCCGCGCAUCCCCCAGAGGAUGACGUGGACCUGGAAGCGCUGGUGAGCGACAUGAGUGCAUCCCUGGAGAGCCUGUACGCAGCGUGUAGCAUGCAGUCCGAUACAACGCCCCUGCGCCAGAAUGGCCAGCACUCCCGUGACCAGCCGCCGCCCUCGGGGGCCAAGCCGGCCCCGCCGCAGGCGUCGCCACAGCAGAAGGUGCAGCGUUCCCAGCCUGUGCACAUCCUGGCCGCCAGACGCCUGCAGGAGGAAGACCAGCAGUUCAAAACCUCGUCUCUGCCGGCCAUCCCCAACCCCUUCCCGGAGCUGUGCGGCACAGAGAGCCCUCCCGCGCUCACGUCCGGCUCCCUACCUCCGAGCCAGGCCACGGCGACGCAGGACGUGAGAGUCUUCAGUGAGGAUGGGACGUGCAAAGUGGUGGAGACCCCCGUGGACAUGACCGCCAGGGACCUGUGCCAGCUGCUGGCGCACCGGAGCCACUGCGUGGACGACAACAGCUGGGCCCUGGUGGAGCACCACCUGCACCUGGGGCUAGAGCGGUGCCUGGAAGACCACGAGCUGGUGGUGCAGGUGCAGACCACCAUGGCCAGCGAGAGCAAGUUCCUGUUCAGGAAGAACUACGCCAAAUACGAGUUCUUCAAAAACCCCGCCAAUUUCUUCCCGGAACAGAUGGUCACCUGGUGCCAGCAGUCCAAUGGCGGUCAGACCCAGCUCCUGCAGAACUUCCUCAACUCCAGCAGCUGCCCGGAGAUCCAGGGCUUUCUGCACGUGAAGGAGAUGGGCAGGAAGUCCUGGAAGAAGCUGUACCUCUGUCUGCGGCGGUCGGGCCUCUACUGCUCCACCAAGGGGUCCUCGAAGGAGCCCAGGCACCUGCAGCUGCUGGCCGACCUGGAGGACGGCAGCGUCUUCUCCCUGAUCUCGGGCCGGAAGCAGUACAGCGCCCCCACGGACUUCGGCUUCUGCAUAAAGCCGAACAAGGUGCUGCACGAGUCGAAGGAGCUGCGGCUGCUGUGUGCGGAGGACGAGCAGAGCCGCACCUGCUGGAUGACCGCCUUCCGGCUGCUCAAGUACGGGAUGCUCCUCUACCAGAGCUACCGCGUCCCCCAGCAGAGGAAGGCCUCGCUGUCCCCCUUCUCCACGCCCGUGCGCAGCGUCUCCGAGAACUCCCUCGUGGCCAUGGACUUCUCUGGGCAAACGGGAAGAGUGAUCGACAACCCGGCCGAGGCCCAGAGCGCAGCCCUGGAGGAGGGGCACGCCUGGAGGGUGAGGUCACGCGGGGUGGGUGCCGCUGCUGCGCUCCCGGACGGUGACUGUAAGCGGAGCACCCGGAUGAACGCUCUGGGUAGCCAGAGCCCCCUCCACCCUUCCAACCUCAGUGCAGUGAUCCACCGCACCCAGCACUGGUUCCACGGCAGGAUCACCCGCGAGGAGUCGCACCGGAUCAUCAAGCAGCAGGGGCUGGUGGACGGGCUGUUCCUGCUCCGCGACAGCCAGAGCAACCCGAAGGCCUUCGUCCUCACCCUGUGCCACCACCAGAAGAUCAAGAACUUCCAGAUCCUGCCUUGCGAGGACGACGGGCAGGUCUUCUUCAGCCUGGACGACGGGAACACCAAGUUCUCGGACCUGAUCCAGCUGGUCGACUUCUACCAGCUCAACAAGGGCGUGCUGCCCUGCAAGCUGAAGCACCACUGCGUCCGCGUGGCCUUGUGAACCCCUCCGGCGCCGCGCCCGCGGGGCGGGGGGCCCCGGGCGGGCGGGGGGGGGGGGGCGCCCUGGAGAGGGCGGGGGAGUUGUGCGUGGUGGAGAGUACCCUUGGAUGCUGCGCCGUGGGGGCGCCCCUGUCCCCUGCGGUGCCGACCGCCUCGGUCGACUGAUUGGUUUUUUUGGCUUCAUGGCGCUGUGUGGCCGCGGCUCUGGCGGCCAGAUCGGGGCACGAGCACGACAAAGCGAGCGCACCCUGGAGGGCGGCCCGGGACGCCUGUCCCGCCGGGCUCCGUGCGCCUCGCACAGAAGUGAUUGGAAGUGAACUCUUGCCCUGGAGUAACCUUGACGUUAAAACUGAGAUGUUUACUUGUUUUGUAUUGAUCACGUUUGCAUGCCCCUGUCCUCCACGUCCGACUCGGCCCGUGGCGGCAGGGGCGUGGCUCCGCAGUGCAUGCGGCGGGCAGGCGGCGUCCAGCGGGCCCGCGGCCGGGCUGGAGCGCGGCCCCCUCGGGGGCCCAAGGCGUCCCACCUUCUUCACGUCACCGUGGGUGGAUUCGGCUUCCAGACACGAGACGCCUUCGCUCUGCCCGGACUCCCGCAGUGCAUCCUCACGGAGAAGGUGUCACCCGGGGUCGGCCGGCCUCGGGCCUGUUCUGUGGACCAGCCAGGUCGCCGCAGCCCCGGUCUCCUCUGGGGACCCGGCGUCCACGCCCCGUGUUUGGGGGUCCCGUCUUCCACAGUUCAGAAGCCUUGACUCCCUGGGACACCCACAGUGUCCCCCACCCGGCAGGGUGGAGUGGCCACGCCGCUGGCUGGAGACGGGCGGCCUCCCUGAGACACACCCGGUGACCUCGCCCGCCGCCUGCCCCGGGUGCUCACGCCUGCCCUCCCUCGGGGGUCCGGGGCUCUGGCGAGAGAAUGCCGCCUGCGUGGUGUCCCUCCGGGGCCACCAGUUUCCGCGGCGGUGACAAUGGGAGCGUUGGAAGGGAGCCCGGAACUGGAGGCCUGGGUGUCACCACCCCAUCUUGCCGACACCCUGAGGCCGAGUGCAAGGCGGCAGGAGGCUCCCCCUGCCGGCUGGAACCUCACAGCGGCCACGGGCCCGGAGGAGUGGGUCAGCAGGGUGUGCUCCCCCCGGGGAGCCCCCCCCCCCACGAGCCCUCCGGCCCGGGCGGCGCCCCCAGGCCCGCGCGCAGCCGCGCCUUCGCUCCUGGUCCCCGACGCGCACACAG